AUGGCACGUCAACGCCUCGAAGAGAAACGACAACAGCAGCGGCAUCCGCUAGACCACCAAAAUCCACACCCCAACAACUACCAGCAGCAGCACCACCACCGUCAACACCACAACAGCCACCUUUAUCAGCCUCAAAUGCCUGAAUGCCAACAGAGUUCACAACUGCCUCCAGCAUCAUCAUUCACAUCCACUUAUCAUCAUCAUAAGACGCGGAGACAUUAUUUUCCUCGCUGUGGAUUAGUUUUGUUAGUUUUUCUAACUGUGAUUAAAGAAUCCUUGACAACAUAUUCAACGUCGUAUACAGCGCUGGAAACAACCACAGUGUCACCAACAAAUCUGCUGCCAUAUUUUGAUUUUGAUGUGCCGCGCAAUGUAACCGUGACAGUGGGCCAAACGGGUUUUCUACAUUGCCGUGUUGAACGUUUGGGCGAUAAGGACGUAAGUACAUUUUUAAAAUAA